AAGCAAUGUAGAAAAAGAAACAGAUACCUCGAUAGUCGAAGGCGUUUUGAGUAAGUAUGAAGAGCCACAUCAACAACAAAAAGAAACUUACUAUCGAACGAACAAACUCGAGAAGAACCAGUAUGAGGCACUUGCAAUUCGGCAAAAGCACACUAACUUGGAUAACCUUGUUGGAACACUUGAUAUUGGCCAUUGUUAUGAAAGCAGAAACGAAAUGAGCAAGGACAAUAAAUAUGAAAUGCACCUAAAUAGUUCCAAGGAUGCCGAGUCCUAUAAUAAUGCUAAUGACGAUGAAAAGUCUUGGUAUUUGUGUAGCGACAAAUUUCCUGAAGAUUGGUUAAACCCGAACGAACAUAGAAAUCUUAUCAAUACCGAACCAGCCCAAAAACUUACUAUUAAUAAUGCUAGCAGAAGGAUUGUAACUCCUAAUAAAGCCGAAGAGUGUCUACUCGUGCUAAUGGUAACUAAGA